ACUCAGCAACUUGGUGAAUUUAUUGCAGUCCUGCGGGCGUCUGAAAUCGCAUACUUGUUUAUAACGUAGUAGGCGAAAUAUAGUAUGCGAGGUGUAGUAUGUCUGAAUUCUCCGUAUGGUUUAGACAGUAGGCGAACGGUACCCGGUGACAUUUUCCGAAAUGUGAAAGUGAUGAACGCUACACUCUCCCAUAAGGACACACAAGCUGCAGCCUGCAACCAGUGAAGAAACGUUACUUGCUCAGAAAUUUGUGUCAAUAUGGCGGAGGAAAUGCAGUCUCUCUGCAGAUGGUCAGACAGCGACACCCUGAACCUGAUCCGCUGGAGAGUGGCUAAUGAACCCCUCUUCACCGGGAAGCGUAAUUCAUCCAUCAAAGGCUUUGAAGCUUUUGUGAGAGAGUACAAUUUGGAGGGCAAAGUGGCAGCUGCCCGCGUUAAGAGGAAGUGGGAGAAUCUCAAACAAAAGUAUAAGGAUCUUAGGAAUCCAUUCACAGGGGUCAGCCCAGAGGGUGGUGAUGUAACAGCAGUGUCCUGGAAGUGGUUUGCUGAAAUGGAUGAGGCGCUCGGGGGUAGGCCCUCAGUCAUGCCACCAACCCUGAUUGCCUCUGAUGCUUUACCAUCACCGAUGCUGCAGCACAAAAGAAGGAGGACAUCAGAUUUUGUCCUGCUCAUUAAAGAAAUAGAGGAGAGGGAGGAACACGGAGAACGAGAUGCAGAGACUAGACAGGAAGAACAUCUGCAGGAGGCUGAGGAUAAGGAGGAGAGGUUGGAGCAAGAGAGGCUAGAGAGGGAAGAGAGACGAGAAGAUGAGGCUAGAGAGAGAGAGGAGAAGAGGGACAGGGAGGCGAGAGAGAGAGAGGAGAGGAGGGAUAAGGAGGCUAGAGAAAGAGAGGAGAGGAGAGACAGGGAAGCUAGAGAGAGAGAGGAGAGGAGAGACAGGGAGGCUAGAGAGAGGGAGGAGAGGAGAGACAGGGAGGCUAGAGAGAGGGAGGAGAGGAGAGACAGGGAGGCUAAAGAGAGAGAGGAACGCUUCCUCCGUCUUAUGGAAAUCAUUGCAAAAAAAAGUGUAAAAAAGGAAAUAAAUGUUUAAAUGCGUGAAAGUCCAAGUGUAGUUAUUGUACUUGUAGGUAAAAGAUGGGGAGGAAAUUGAAAAUAUUUGAUUAUAGAGAUUUAUGUAAAUGC